AUGCGGAGGCAGCGAGAGGAUGACGGAGACGGCGGCGAGGAGCGGAGGUUACCUGCGGCGCGAUUGGAGGGCCCAGGGUCUGCGAAGCUGCCCGUCGUUGGGGCCGCGGUCAAUCCCUUCACAAUGCGGCCGUUUUCAAGGCAGUAUUACGAACUCCUUGCCGUGCGAGCCACACUCCCGGUAUAUGAAAAGGCGGAAUUGCUCAAGCAAUACGUGCGUGACCAUCAAGUUGUGCUGCUUGUGGGAGAGACCGGGAGCGGAAAAACCACCCAGGUCCCACACUUCGUCGCUGAAAUGGGUCGUUCAGGCCUCGUUGCUUGCACCCAACCUCGAAGAAUCGCCGCCAUUUCUGUGGCAACGCGUGUCGCCACGGAGAUGGACGUCAAGCUUGGAGAAGAGGUUGGCUACCAUGUUCGUUUUCAGUCCAUGAUGGGUGAAAAAACGCGGGUUCUUUACAUGACAGAUGGCAUGCUGCUACGAGAGGCCUUCUCGGAUCACGAGUUGUCACGCUUUGGUGUUAUUAUUGUGGAUGAGGCACAUGAACGCACAAUAGACACAGACGUUCUGCUUGGUGUUUUGCGUCUUCUGAUGGACCGCCGUCCUGAGUUUCGACUAAUUGUCAUGUCUGCGACACUUGACAUGCAAAAGUUUCGGGCCUACUUCCCGCACGCACCACUAUUGCAAGUAACAGGUCGUAUGUAUGAUGUUCAAGUUAAAUAUACGCCAUACGCGGUAAAAGAUUACGUAGAGGCCUCUGUUCAGUGCGUGUGUGAUAUUCAUAUGAAUGAGUCACCCGGAGAUGUCUUGUGCUUUCUCACAGGUGAGGCGGAAAUUGAGAAGGCCGUGACGAUGACGAAAAUGAAACUUGGUUCUUUGGUGGUGCGGGAUUUGGAGACCACGCGUGACAGUCAAGAACCAAUGUGGGUGCAGGUCCUGCCUCUGUACGGCUCACUGGGUGUGGAAGAGCAAAAGCGCGUAUUUCCCCCUGCUGGCCCUCAUACCAGGAAGGUGAUCUUCGCCACGAACAUUGCGGAGACCUCACUUACCAUUGACGGGAUUGUUUACGUGGUUGAUUGUGGGUAUCAUAAGCAAAGUUUAUAUAACUCGGAAGUUCGUGUGGACUACCUACUCCCCGCAGUCAUUAGCAAAGCCUCAGCUGAGCAGCGUAAAGGGCGUGCGGGGCGAACGCGCCCGGGGAAGUGCUUCCGCCUGUUUCGUAUACAGGACUUUGCUACUUUUCCGGACCAGACUCAUCCUGAGGUGCUGCGUUCAAGUUUGGUCAAUACUGUGCUCUUGCUGCUUAAGCUUGAGGUGGAGAAUCCCUACCAGUUUGCCUUCCUUGACCCACCCUCCCAGCAAAGCAUCACAGAUGCAUAUUACCAGCUGAGCUUCUUUGGGGCCGUCGACGACGACCUGCGACUGACGGACUUUGGCAAAUUAAUGGCAGAGUUUCCUGUCGAUGCCUGUCUUGCCCGCAUGCUAAUACGCUCCGCAGAACACCGUUGUGGCGCCGACGCGGUGGUUAUUGCUUCCAUGUUAGAAGUUGGUAAUGUCUACGUGCGUCCGGCAGGGCGUGGAAACGAGGCGGAUCAACAGCACGCGACAUUUCAGCACCCCGACGGCGAUCACCUGACACUUUUUAACGUGUUUCAUGCCUUUUGGCGCAACAAUCAAUCGCCGCAGUACUGUUUUGAUCACUUUUUGCGCUAUCAGGCUCUGGCGCAGGCCACUCGUGUAUAUCUGCAGCUGACGAAGCUAAUGGGGAAAAAGCAAAUUCCUAUUGUCUCCACCUACGAUAGUAAGACGCGGUCCGUAGACUCGGUGGCGCUGCGGAAGGCGGUGCUUGAGGGCUUCUUCACGCAGGUUGCCUACAAGUCGCCUAAUGCAGAAAAUUACAAGACCGUGAAGGAUUCUCAGUGGGUUGUGUUGCACCGUCAGUCGGUGUUAGCUAAGAGAAAGCGUCCGGCGUGGAUUGUCUACGACCGCCUUGAAGUGCAGGGCAACGAGGGGACCUUCAUUCGUGUCUCGUCAAGGAUUGAACCGGAGUGGCUGCUUGCGGUCAGUGACUUCUUCACAGAUCCGGCGGAGUUGGCUGACGGGGAGAUUUGUCACAUAUUAAAAUGCCUAAGCAAAAACGAUUCGGUAACUUCACCUUCCCCUCACGCAUAG